AUGAUAAACAAAAUAAACAUAUUUUCUCUUCGAUUUAAGAAUUAAAAGAGGUAAAAUGAAUACGUGCUUGAUUCUUGUAUUGAAAAAUAGGUAUAUUUGGUCAUGCUAUUUUUCUUUUCUAUUGCUUUUGUUUUGAUCUAAGUCAGUUAAGGAAAUCCUGAUUAUAAAAUUUAUUUUGUCCCUCCUCUAUUUAUUGUAAGUUUUUUUUCUUGCAGAUUUUUUAAAAAGCACAGCGAUUAUGUAGAUUGUUUUGUAAAUGUGCUUUAAAUGUUUCUUAUUACAGAAGUAGUUCAAAAAAAUGAAAAUGAAAAUAAAGAUAGAGUUAUUUAUUUCUUUUUAGGUUAGUUUGCAAUUAUUCUAUUUUUUGUCUAAAGGGGAAAUAAUUUUUUGCUUAAUCUGAUCACUUUAGUAUGCACAUAUUUUGUUGUUUAUCUAUAUAUAUCGAAUGCUCCUACAUUUGAUUUGAUGGGAUUAGCUUUUGCAAUUCUAGUUGUUGGAUAAAAUUAUGCAUAUGCUUUUUUUAAAAGACAGUCUUAUCUCCACAAAAGCUACUUUAAAGAAAUUUUGCAGUUGGACUUUCCCUCAAAUAUAUUUCUUACACAAUAUGAUAAAGUAACUUGUAGAUUGGUUUUAUAAGAUUGUAACAAAUUGGCAUAAAAACGCUUCAAAUUAGAUCAAGGUGAUUAAGAAGGAUUUUCAGAAUUUUUGAAGAGGAUUAAAGUUUAACAAAGAAGAAAAUCACGUUCUUAUAUUGAAAAUAAUAAUAAUGUUUUAUAAAAAGAGGCUAAUUUAAAAGAGUACCUUAUAACUAAAUAUAUUAGACUUAACUAGGAGUUUAAUUAGUAUAAAAAAACUAAUUGCAUGAGAAUGUUUAACUGCUUUAAAAAAUCAUAGCUUUAUGAAAGCAAUUUGCAAAAUUUCAUUCACGGGAUCGAUAAAACAGGAUUGGAUUAAAUAAACAACUUUGAAAGAAAUGUAUUAAAUAAUGAAAAUCUUUUUGGAUAUUACUACAAAAAAUAAGAUGAUUAAACAUAUUCAAAAUCAUUUAAAAUACAUUUGUAACUAAUUGAUUUUUAUAAGGAGCCAUCUAUCGCUAUAUUUUUUGAGGAUGAAACCGUGUAAGACGAUCUUAUUGAUGUUAAGUUAAAAAAAAAAAAAUAAAAACAAUUAGUUAUAUCAGCUCUUAAUUAAGUUAGAUAAAAAAUAAGCUCUUUGUUGGUUCUAUUUAAAGAUCACACUGAUAAUUAUAUUUUAAAAUAGACUAAGUAGCUUAGCAUAUUACUUCUAAAUUAAACGUUUAAUCUUUUUGAUUAUAUUUACCUUAAAGAGAAAAAAAAGUUACUUUAAAAGUAAUAACAGAUAUAAAUAUAGAAUGCUGAUGAAUCAUCAUAUAAAGAUUAAUACUAAACAUAAAAUAAGUAUCAGUUAAUAUUGAAUUUAUCUGAGUUCCCUCUUAAAUCUUUACUAAAUGAAUUAAGAAGUGUGAACCCAUCUAUAGAAAUAUUGUUUUCAGAUUUUGGGGAUGAUACAAAAAGUGAAAUUAAUAACUAGUAACAAAAUAAUUAAGGAAAUGAACAAGAUUUUGUUAUCUUUAAUGAUUAUAAGAGAGUGCUGUAAGUUCUUCUGUCAUUAACAUUUUAAGAAAAUAUAUAACUUAUCAUUCGAUUAUUCAAAGAGAAUUUAUAUAGUGGUAUUGAGUUUAUAUUUAAUUAUGGAUCUCAAGAAUAAAAUGAAAAAAUUACAGAGUAAAACUUUUAAGAUACAGCAUAAAAUUAAAAUAUAAAUCAAGGAUUAGAUUUGUGUUUGAAUAAAAAUCAAACAGAUAAACGUCUUAAAGAGAUAGAUUUAUAUGUCAUAAAAAUAAUUGUUAGGGAUAUUGGACCUAAUUCUUUAUUUAUUGAUAAAUUAAAUAACUAAGUUUCUUUCAAGAUCUUUAGCGAUAUCAGAGUGCUACAAUUUGAUGAUGAAGCAAAGAUUGCCAAAAGCUCACAACACAAUAUAAAUAUAAAAAAAGAAAAAUAAAAUAAUAUUACAAAAAAUUCAUCUUUCAAAAGUAUUGCUUAGCUUUCUAUUCAUAAUUCUAGCUUUUGCAAAACAGAAGUAAAAUAAAAUUCUGAAUAUCCAUAGUUAAUUCUAAGUCCCCCAUACAAAAAUUUACAGAAUAAUCAAUAAACUGCUUAGUCGCCAAGGUUUUCCUUCAAAUCUGACUUAAAGGGAUAAUUUAUGCAAAACGCCAGACGCUCAGCCUAUUCUAGAACUCUUCCUCCGUCAUAAAUUAAUAUUAAUAAUAGUGAAAUUUAGGACUAAAAUAAUAUUUAAAAACUGAUUCUGAAGGAGAAAAAUGAUUGUGAGACAUUUCUUUAAUCAAACUAAAAUAUAAUUUAAUAGAAUGAUGUAAAUAUAGAGCCAGCUAAAGAAAAUGGAAAAAAUAGUCCUCAGGGAUUUUCAAACAAUUACUUUGUUACUAAAAUGGAUGAAAUAUCCUAAUACACUUAUGAUGAAGGUGAAGAUCUUCCAGAAAUCAAAAUGACAAAAUAUCUACCUAAUUCUUGA